AUGCUACGACUCCUUCCACUCCUUUAUUCGACCGCCACACUCGUUCAGGCGCACAUUGCUGCUUGGAACGAGGGCAUGUACUGCCUCAAUGGUACGAGCGGACAAGACAAUCAGAAUGCAAACGAAGCCGUGACACCGCUCUAUCAACUUUCGUUCUCACAAUGGUGGAUGCACCAUAACAACAAGUGCGACGAGUUUCCUCCAGCCCCAGGGAAAUUUCUUCAACUCCCCGCUGGUGGAAGCUUCACGGUCGAACUCGCUGACAAUCGUGCUCAUACGACGUUUUCAUACGGCGGACGCUACACCUCGGACUGGGGAGACGGAAAAGCCCACCCAGAAUUCUCUUCAAAGGACCGAAAGGAUGAAUGCAUUACUUCUCCUAAUCUUCACACCACCAACGAGACAGAGGCAGCAGGCACCGCAUUUGCCAUCUCUUAUCAUAGCAAUAUCAAGGACGUCACACCGGAAAACUUGGUCGUCUUUAGUGUCAAGUAUCACACACCUUGGAAGCGUCUUACGACCUACGACGUACCGUUGUCGCUACCUGCAUGUCCAGCAGGAGGCUGUCAUUGCGUAUGGGGGUGGAUUCCGAAUCACUGCGGACAAUCCAACAUGUACAUGCUUCCGUACAAAUGCAUUGUCACAGGAGCGAAGAGCACCAUUCCUUUGGAUACGCCAGCCAGCCCGCCUCGGUGGUGCGAGGAUGAUCCAACCAAGUGCAUCAAAGGUGCCAAACAAAUGAUCUUUUGGGCACAAAAGGAUGGUAACAAUGUCAUUGUCGAAGGCACUCAACGCGACGGGCAUCUCAAAAGCCCGGGUUAUAAUCAGAAAAUGGGAUUCCGUGAAGGAGCACAGGAUGACAUCUUCCAGAAGCCGAGGGUUGUCAGUUCGCGACACCUGCAAGUCCCGAUGAUGUACGAACAAUAG